AUGCUCACUGGCACGCCACUACAGAAUGAUUUGCAUGAACUUUGGUCAAUUCUGGAGUUUAUGAUGCCUGAUCUAUUUGAAACAGGAGAUGUUGACCUGAAAAAACUAUUGAAUGCAGAAGAUAAGGAGUUAAUUGCUCGAAUAAAGUCCAUUCUUGGACCUUUCAUUUUGAGAAGAUUAAAAUCGGACGUGAUGACACAACUGGUACCAAAAAUACAGAUGGUUCGUUAUGUUGGCAUGGAGAAAGAUCAAGAAGAUGCAUAUAAAGAAGCGAUUGAAAGCUAUCGUGCUGCAUCUCUAGCUCGUGUUUCAAAGCAACAUGAAAUUAGUACCAAUAGUGCUGCUGUUGUCUUUUCUAGACGACAAAUUUCCAAUUAUUUUCUUGAAUUCCGCAAGAUUGCAAACCAUCCUCUGCUUGUCAGGCGUAUUUAUACAGAUGAUGAUAUUGUUCGAAUUGCUAGAGUUAUGCAUCCCAAAGGUGUCUUUGGUUUUGAAUGUACAGUUGAAAGAGUGAUUGAGGAGCUGAGGAGCUAUAAUGACUUCUCCAUCCACAAGCUUUUACUUUAUUAUGGCGAUAACAAUAAGGGAGUUCUGUCAGAUGAACAUGUUAUGGUUUCAGCGAAAUGCCAGGAAUUAGCCAAACUUCUCCCUUCAUUAAAGCUUCGUGGUCAUCGAGUGCUUAUUUUUAGCCAGUGGACAUCAAUGCUUGAUAUCCUGGAGUGGACCCUAGAUGUUAUUGGAGUUACAUACAGGCGCCUGGAUGGAAGCACUCAGGUAUCAGAGAGACAGACAAUUGUUGACACCUUCAAUAAGGACACUUCCAUAUUCGCAUGCUUGCUCUCCACAAGGGCAGGAGGACAGGGUUUAAACUUGACAGGAGCUGAUACUGUUAUCAUACAUGACAUGGAUUUUAAUCCACAGAUAGAUCGGCAAGCUGAAGAUCGCUGCCACCGGAUAGGCCAAAACAAACCAGUUACAGUAUACAGGCUGGUUACAAGGAAUACUGUUGAUGAGAAUGUAUAUGAAAUUGCAAAGAGAAAACUAACAUUGGAUGCAGCUAUACUCGAGUCUGGUGCCCAAAUUGAGAAUGACGGUGAUGCAAAAACUAUGGGUGAGAUAUUAUCGUCUCUUCUACUUGGUUAAGCACCCUGUUCUGGCAUGACAUUCACACCAAUAUUAAUUUUGGUCUAUUGACUUCUUUUUUUGUUUUUCCAUUUUCCCUUCACCAUCCGGAAUCUUUGAGGGUGAGGAAUGGAGGUAGGGAUUGAGGUAGGAUCCUUCCAUACACAUCUUUCCCUGUUACUCACAAAAUACCAUGUACACUUAUUAUUACAAGGCCUCCCUCUGGAAACAGAAAAUUGAGCCGAACCUGCGCCCCUGUUGUAUUUUAGUAGAAUAGAUCGAACCCAGUUUAUAAAAAUGUUAUACCGUGUACAGAAAAAUCUUGUCAUAGGGCAAGGUUUUCUUUUUUAUUUUUGUUGUAGUUUUAGUCAUUCACUUUUGCUUA